UAACUACCUAGCAUUUAAUUCAUUACCUUGAGAGCAUAUCCUUUUAAUCAUACACUCAGACUAACAAUGUCGCGACCUUUGGAAGGAAAAUUCGGUAUCGUCACCGGGGGCUCACGGGGCAUCGGCGAGGCAAUCGCCCGGAACCUCGCCGCAAAAGGCUGCUCGCUCCUUUUGAACUUCACCUCUGAAUCCUCCCGCGCUCGCACAGAGGAGCUCUGCGCCUCGCUGGCCUCAACGCACUCGAUCCGCUGCGUCGCCGUGCAGGCCGACCUCCUCCACGCCGAAGAAGCCCGCCGACCGCUUCCUCAACGACCCGGCAAAGGGCCCAUCGACCGCGAGUACUUCAACUGGCACUACAGCAUCAACGUGCUGGCCCCGCUGCUGCUCACGCAGGCCUGCGCGCCCUUCCUCCCCACCGACCGCUCUGGCCGCAUCGUCAACAUCUCCUCCGUCUCCUCGAGUAUCGGGUUCGCGGGCCAGAGUGUCUACGGUGGAACCAAGGCCGCGAUCGAGGCUAUGACGCGCACCUGGGCGCGGGAGCUGGCCGACCGCGCGACCGUCAACGCGGUCAAUCCCGGCCCUGUCAUCGGGGAUAUGUAUUUUGCGACCGGGGAGGAGUUCUGGAAGCAGAUGCAGGGGUUCCAGGAUGCGACGCCGCUGAGUAAGAUGGUUGAGGACGAUCCGCAGAUGAAGGAGUUGAGUGAGGAGCAGAUCCGCUUGAUCAGGGAGAAGAUGGGUGGGCGGCGGCCGGCGUUUACCAGUGAGAUUGCGGGGGUGGUGGGGAUGCUGUGUACGGCCGAUGGUUUGUGGUGUACGGGGAGUGUGGUAUGUGCCAAUGGCGGCAUGAAAAUGGGAUUCUAG